AUGAUAGCAUCGGAGAAAAGGGUUUCUUUGUUUGGAAACAAUGUUGAUCGCAUAGAUGCAUCAUUUUCAUCUUACAUGAACGAAAACCCUACGGUGCUCAAGCUUACUCUCCCAAGUACUCAAAAAAAGAAAGUAGAAGAUGGAGAAAUCGGGAUUUUCGGGGCCGAAAAAUACUUCAAAGGAGCCAUGGAUGAACAACUUCCAAGAACUCCUCACUCCAUCAACCCUCCAAACCAUCAUCCAAAGGGAAAAAUAGUAAAAGACGACGAAGAACCAACUAAACCAAAAACCGGAUCCGCAACUCCAAGUGUUCGGUCUGAAUCCAGUUGGAAUAGCCGAACCGGUCUUUUGGUUAACAAUGGUAACCGAAGGAUUCCCAAGUCUCAAAAGGAGAAACCCACCCGUGUAAAGAGUUUACUAAACUCCCUUGGUUGCAACUGCAAUGACAAGGCGUCAGUUAAAAUUACUGAAAAGAAAGUUCUUGUUAAAGAACUCCCGAAACCGUCAGCGAAAUUCGCUGGCGGUUUCACUGACGACAAAGCGAACACGAAGAAAGAAGAUUCCUUCGUGUUCCCUGUCUUGAACGCUUUCCCACCCGCCAAAACCAGCACACCACCGGAAGUCGAAGAAGGUGACAUCACUCAUGUGAAAACAAGAAGAAACUCAUCGGAAGCCUUCGGUUCACCGGUUUUGGAAAAGGGGAAGAAAUCAUUUAGCUUGGAGAGGAAGUUAACUAUGUUGAAUUGGGAUGGAGUGACACCGAGAGCCGAAAACAUCGGGGAAAACAACGAUGCGGGAAGUGACGCGAGCUCGGAUUUAUUUGAAAUCGAAAGCUUUUCAACUAAUGGGAAUAACUCGUUUCUUGCACGACAAGUUUCAAAUGGGAGGUCAAGCAAUGCAACACUUCCAAACGGGUACGCCCCGAGUGAGGCCAGCAUUGCAUGGAGUGUUGUCACCGCCAGUGUGACAGGAUUCUCGAUUAUAUCCGAUUACGAGGACACCACACGGACUAAUUCAAAGACUCAUAUGGAACGAGUGAUUAAAGGAACCGGGAUUCUUUCCGGUUGUACAAAUCAUAAAUCCGUUAGAGUCGCCGGAGAACGCGUGGUGGUUAGUGGCGGUGACAAGGCGGCGGUUACAGGCGGCACAAAGGGCCGGUUGGAUUCUGUCGGGACGAUUAUGAAAUUUCAAACGGAGAGCAAGCCGACGCGUGCUUCACACCACAUGUACAUUCAACAGCAAUAG